AUGACCCCCUUGGGUAGUUUUCUGUCACCCUCAUCACCGGGUCAAACCCUGUCUCCAGAGCCUUUUCCUCCCUUGGAAUCCAAAUUCCCAGUGCACUGUUCCCCACCCCAACCCAAAGACUUGCUCUCUUCAACCUCGACACAAUGUGAUUUCCAUCAAGAGUUUUCUGCCCUCCAUUCCACAAAGACCUCUUUUGGGGGAGACACUGCAGCCAAACUUAUAGAUCCUAGACACCUCCCAUUUCUCAGCUCUGAUGAGCAUGACUCGGUACAGCAGUCCUCAUAUCCUAAAAACUGGAAGGACCUUUUAAAGCAAAAAUUUACCCAGUUUUUCUGGGGUCUUCCGUCUUUGCACAGCGAGUCCUUGACCUCUGCUGUCCAUGUCUCAGGUGACUAUUCCUCAAUCAUUAUUUUCAAUAGCAUCUCAAAUGCCUCCACAGGCCAAGAAUACCCAGCACUUCCUUAUUUCCUACCUGCAUCCUUGCCUGAGGGCCAACCUCAAUCCUUGCCUCCAACCCUACCUCUCACUGAGCUCCAACCCCAGGCCCACCAUCAAUCCCCACUCCCAAGCCUACCAUCCAGUCCCACACCCCAAUUUAGAGUCUCUGGAGUAUAUGUCCAUACACCCCAGAAUGAAUCAGAAUGUCUCACCUCAUCUGAAAUUCAACACCUGAAACGGAAUGUGUUGGAGAAGAAACAGGAAAGUUUGUGGGAUUCACCCUCUGUGAUUCAAAAUCCCAAGAAAGACUCCUGUCCUUCAGCUCCCACCUCUCCUUACUGCCAGUCCGCUAAUGUCCGUGUUUCAAUCUCCACUGAUCCUGCAGAGUUUUCUGUCAACAGUGAACGUCAAGAGAAAUUUGAGCAUCACCUUAGAAAGGGGCUCAUCCAACAACAGCAGGGCCUGCCCGACAAGGUCCACGAAUCCCUGUCACUGAUGAGGCCACUGAGUGACUGCUCAGGCAUAUCGAAGUCAAAGAGCAGUUAUGGCCUCUCACAGGUAUCUGUGUACAAGGGCCAGAGUAGCAAAAAUCUACAUAUUGGAUUGAGCCAACCAGGAAGCUUCUACGAGAGGGCUUCAGACCUGUUUCAGCUAGAGGAGGAUGAGGGGAAGGAUGAGAGAGAGAGACAAGGGGGUGAUCCAAAAGAUCAUUUGCUAAGAGACUCAGAGAGCUCUUCACAUAAAGAUGUAGGAAAUGACACUUACAUGAUGAGUCUGUCAGGGGAAAACUCAAUGAUGUCAGGACAGAGUGUAAAUCAGAGACAGCUGGAAAGUGUCCUGAAAGGACAUCCAAGCAAAAAGUUUGAGAACAUCGAUAAGGGUAGGCACACUGGGACUGUGCAUAGUUCACGGCACACGAUCGGGCAGACUCCUGGGAAGCCCCACACCGAAACAGCACGGAGCAGUGGGCCAGCCCCCGUGGGUGGGGGCUGCCGCCUGAGUACAUGCCAGGAGCUUUCCUUCCUUCAGUCCAGCGCUCAGCAGAUGCUGGAAGCCCACAUUACUGAGUUUCGUACAAGGAUGGUGCAGGGCCUUCCCCCCAUAGUCCGUAAGUCCAUAGAGACCUUUAAAUUGAGAGAUACUUCACCCCCUUCCUUGAUUGUUUCCAAGUCUUCCUCUUCAACCAACCUGGUUUCUGAGGUGAGCUCCGAAUCUGGGGGCUUCACAGCCCUGAGAGGAAACUCUAAAUCCCCCCACGUGGACAGAGAGGGACCAGAGAAUUCAGCCACCAUCCUGAAUCUUCCUCUCCCUGCCACCCCACUUGUGGACAAGGAAGGACAAGGGACCCUGACAAAUUCACCCUCUGAUAUCAGACAAGGACUUUCAGAAGAACUACAAAAGAUUCUGAAUGCCAAAAAGAUUCUUCUGCCUGUCACAAACAGUACCAUUAGCAAAACAAGUGAGAGACAUACUCCGAGACCCAACAUUCGACCCCCAAAGCUGCCCACAGUGCAAGCAGGGACCGGGCAUGAGCUGAAGGACAAGACUGUGAAUGCCAGUGACAGAGCAGAAAUACCACGGGGCACAAAUGGGGAGAAGUCAGAACCUGCUUCCAUGCCCACCGUGAAGAAGACAGUUAGGGCCGAGGAGCUCGAUGCUCUUCGAUCCAAAUCUAGUGACCUCUUAACAACCAGCAAACCAGAAAUUUCCCAAAAGAUAAAUGUGGAUGAGAAUAAAGGAGAAACUACUGUGACCACUGAAGAGUCCCCACCAAAAAUGUCAGAUUCCAAAUUAUCAGACUUACAGAAGCAACUCAUUGAUGAGUUAAAGUCUAAACUGGAGAAGGGGAACCACAGCCAGGCCCAAGGCCAACCCACUGACACGCACCAUGACUCGGACAGCUUGACUUGCAAAGCCUCCCUGUCUCCCGCUCAGGAUGUCUCCACUGUGGACACGGGAGCUGUCCAGGUGCUGCAUGUCCAUUUGGAGGACAGAGGAGUCAGUAUGGAGCACAGGCAGGAACCUUGGGUUCCUAAGAACGUCUUGAGGAUUUGUGAGGAUAAGCGUUUCCCACCAGCUGUAAAGAAAGUGAGCCCCGCAGGCUCCCGAUCAGAAGAGCUUGGAGGAGGAGAUGCAGGGUUGAGAAGUGGAGGAGAUGCAGGGUUGAGGCCUUCCCAAGCUAGAAGGAAGAGAUUUCCUUCUCAGGACACAGCAUUAGAGGAGAUGCUUGGUGGCAAGCCUCCCCAGACCCUGCCACAGAAGGGACAAUCUCCAGACAGCCUUUUCAUAAGUAAAAUGAAGACCUUUUUCCAAUGGCUUCAUCCCGAGAGAAAAUUCACAGAGCAAGAACACUCCCAGAACAAGGGCAGGCCCAUAUCAUCUGCACAGAGCAGAGGCCCAGUCAAAAGUAGAACCCCCUUUCCUGGGAGGAUGAAGGUUCAGAGAGUCAGGUCUGACAUUGGGAAGUUCCCAGAAGAGAAACAGAGGCGUCGGCAUGCAGUCGAUACCACCUGCCCUCAGGAGCCCCUUCCCUCUGCAGUGGAGUUCGGGAAAGCUCAGCAGAAGGCAGCAGUGGGGGCCCGGGCAGAGCCUGUCCAGGGGCAUCCAUUCCGCUCCAGGACUCCCUCCUGUAAAGUGACACAUACCAAGUCCGGCCGCCAAGCAGCCAUCUUCGCUGGCCAGAGCUCUGCAAGUAGUAGACAGACCAGAAACAAGGGCAGACACCCCCAGAAAGUUGUGGCAUUAAAGGAUCAGCAACUAUGUCAGAAGCACCCCCAAUCUGUGCCCCGCAGGGGGACUGUGCCCCGUCCAAGCCCCACCUUCAGGCCUCAAGCUGCCCAGGGACCUCCUGCUGCUCUCACCACUGCUGAAGGCACUGAGUUCAGAGAUCAGUCUCCACGACUUAGACCAAAAACGCUUCCCCAAAAUUUCCAGGGGAAAAAAAUUCCCAAAGUUCCCACAGCCAAAUAA